UUAUAUAACAGCCAGUGUCAGAGCGGGAGCACUUUAAUUUAAAAAUACGCAUACGCCAAUCCGGCGAAUCGGGAACUACCUAAUCGUUUUAUUAGGCAUCGCACGCAACCUAUUCAGUGGAGGGAUUGAAACCACAAACAAAACAUUACCUUGACAUGAAUGUCAAUCAAAACCGACUAAGUAAUUAUUGACACAUUGCUGUUGGUGCAAAUAUUUAUUUUUUAAUACGUAAUUAACAGUGCAGAAUAUACCAAUAUGGUGAUAACUAAAGAUGUAACUCUACCAGAAUGUGAAGCGUUAACCGUGCAGGAAGUCAAUCUGUCCACUCCUACGCUGAUGUCCGCGGGCCCUUACAUCGGGAAACUAUGCGAGAAUGUCAACAACGAAUUCAUGCUUUGUCGCCAAGAAACCCGGGACCCUCGCGCUUGUGUAGAGCUCGGAAAACGAGUAACAUUUUGCGCUCUAAAAGUUUUCCGUUCCAUUAAAGCUCAAUGCCGCGAUGAAUUCAACCAAUACGCAGAUUGCAUCUUUAAGAGUUCAGGAGAUAACAGUUUUGAGCACUGUCGAAAGACGCAAGCCGUGUUCGAUAAGUGCAUGAAUGAUAAACUGUGUGUUGAGCGGCCGGACUUCGGAUACUUUUGUCGAGCGCGUGUGCACAAGAGCCGCAGCGACCCGCAGCCCGGGCCUCCCUGCCCGUGCGUGCCCAAGGUUAAAGACCCGACUCCUGGUUUGCCAGACUGCGAGAAACGUAAACCAGCCCGAUUUGGUAGUCGGUAUUGGUGGAUGACUGAAUAGGUGAAUAAUUUGACCCGACACGUUCGGAUGCGUCUAAGUGUGCCGCGCUGCAGGGGUCACGCAGCAGCCUAUCGCGCGACAUUAUGCACAUGCACAAUUGGACAUAGUUCGAUGCAUAAGCAAUUGCCAUCAUCAGUCUCAUUUCUUACGGAGAGUGAGCUAUGGGCAAGUCGGGAAAGCGCAUG